UACUGCACCUCGUGCGCUGCGCCAGCUUCCUGUGCGAGCUUCACCUGCAGCUCUCUGUGUGUGUGUGUUUGCAUGCAUUCAUGUCUUCUGAGCAUUUUAACGUCGUUGAGUCUCCAUCUGGUCGGGGGGACACCAUGAAGACUGUAGCUCAGCAGGUGUUCCGGACCUGCAACAAACUUGUCUCCAGGAAAACGCCAAAUGUGGUGGAGGCCCAUCCGUCCAACAUCGAGACGGCAGCACACAUGGACAACAUCCAACAUCUGCCCAGUCCUUCCAUUACUCCCAGUGUGGAUGCUGCCAGGGAGAGCGCUCACCAUGUGGAUGCGGUGAUGGAGAGGGCCCACCACGGCGGCGGGUGGCUCCUGUCUGGCAUCAUCUGCAUCAACAUCCUGAUCCUGGGCUGCGCUCUGGUCAGCGGCAGCGCCUUCAACAGCGUGGCCAUCACUGCUGUGCACAGGCAAAUCUUCCUCAUCGUCCUCCUCCUCCUCACCAUGCUGUGGAUGCUGUUUUACACGGUCGUCACCUCUCGACGGGAUCAAGCUGUGUUGUUCAAAGACAGCCAUGCGGGGCCUGUGUGGCUCCGAGGUGGACUUCUGCUGUUCGGGCUUCUCAGUCUCCUCAUGGACAUCUUCAAGAUUGCCACCUAUGUGGGCUACCUUCACUGUGAUUCUGCUGUUAAAGUCGCCUUCCCUGUUGUGCAAGCCGUGUUUCUGUCUGUCCAGACAUACUUCCUGUGGAUUCAUGCAAAGGACUGUGUGCAACUACACACAAACUUUACACGGUGCGGGCUCACUCUCACGCUUUCAACGAACCUGGUGGUGUGGAUGGCAGCCGUGACCGAGGAGUCGCUUCACCAGACGGAGAUUCCCGAUCUAAAUGUCAACGUCUCGCACAAGAUGUACAGAGCCAGCUAUGAUGACAAUAAGUGUGUAUGCAAUCACUCGAUGUGCGACACCUUCAAAGAGGCCUUCUACUACCUGUACCCCUUCAACAUAGAGUACAGCCUCUUUGCCUCGGCGAUGGCCUACGUCAUGUGGAAAAACGUCGGCCGGCUCGUGGAGGAUCACAGCCACCACAGCGUUAAGUUCCGUCUAAAGGACGUGUGUUUUGGACCUGUCACGGGAAUCCUCCUGGUGCUGGCCGGACUCGUAACGUUCAUAGUGUACGAGGUGGAGAUUAUGACAGAGGACGAGAAGAAGAGAAACAUGGCGCUGCUGAUUCAUUUCAUCAUGAAUAUAGUGAUCGUGAGCAUGAUGUCCGUCUUCACUGUCAUCGGCUGCAUCAUCUACCGGCUGGACCACAGGGAGCACGUGUCGGAGAAAAACCCAACUCGCAGCCUGGAUGUGGGGCUGCUGGUCGGAGCCUCGAUGGGACAGUUCAUCAUCAGCUACUUUACCAUCAUAGCCGUGGUGGCGACGGGAGCCAGAGGGUACCUGAACGCCCUCAACCUGUCCUGGGCCGUGCUGACGGUGCUCCAGCUCGGCCUGCAGAACUACUUCAUCAUCGAGGGCCUCCACCGGGAGCCCUUCCAUGUGAUGCAGGAAGAUGCUCUGCACACGAACGCUCACGCCUUCCAGGAACAUCCAGAGAUGACCGUCGUUCUGGAGAGCCACAAGUCCACCUACUUCCUGACUCCAAGUUGGAAGAGAAGAGUGCUGAAGGAAGUCUGUGCCUUUCUGCUGCUCGCUAACGUCAUCCUGUGGAUCAUGCCGGCCUUCGGUGCUCGCCCCCAGUUCGAUCACCCCGUCGAGAUCAGAUUCUACAGAUUCACGAUGUGGGCGGCCAUCGUCAAUAUCGGACUUCCUUUUGGAAUCUUCUACCGUAUGCACUCUGUCGCCAGUCUCUUCGAGGUGUACUUAAUCACUUAGACGGACUCAUUUUUAGCAUGGAGAGCAAUUUUAUGAUUUAUUUUAUUUAUUAAAUGUUUAAAUUGAACUUGUUAUAUUAAUAAAUUUUAACAUUUAAAAAAA